GCAUGGCAUGGCAAGCAAAGAGAUGGCCCAAGGGGACGCAGCGCUGCCCCCACGCCGUCGCGGGGCGCAUGAAUGCGCGCCGAUGACGGACAGAGCAUAAAAUGCCACCACUAAGAUCACUGCUGCUCGCGGCAGCCGCCGCAGCAAACCAGCAGGACCGCUUCUGCCUCGGCGGCGUAUCGGCAGCCCACGGCCCGUACCGCAUCUGCUGCCCGGCGCAAUGCGGCGCGUGCGUCGAGGACGACAAAUGUAGAGCACGGCCGCCGGGCGGCCUCGUCUGCUGCCCCGUGUCCGGCGUGCUCGCGAGCCGACGGCGGUGCAGCCGGCGCAAGGACGCCGCCUGCUACGCGCGCGACGACGACCCGGAGUUCUUCCCCUGGUUAGCCGUGGAUGCGGUACAGCGCACACAACAGCCGCCGUCGUCGAUCGACGGCGCCUACCCGUGGCCCCGCACCGAGCUCAAGGAGACGGGGCUCCAGACCUUUCGGGCAGGCCCGAAGAAGCAUUCCGAAAGCGUGCACGUCGCCGUCGCGGCGGACCGGGCGCACUACGUCGGACUGAUAGCCUGUAUCGGGUCCGUCUUCGCGGCAGCCAGGGACCCCUACCGGCUCCGCGUCUCGGCAAUCAUACCAAGUAGAGGCGCGCGCGACGCCAUGGCCCUGAAGCGCGCGCUGAAGUGCCGAGUACGGGGCCACGUGGCCGUCGUCGAGUUCGACGCGCGGCAAUUUUUGAGGAGCGUCGAGGUGCGCGCGCCGCGGGGCCCGGGCUACGGCAAUUUAAGGAGCGUCGCGAACUUCGCGCGCUUCUUCCUGGAUGAGUUGCUGCCGGGCGCGGACCGCGUCGUCUACCUCGACGCGGAUGCGAUCGUCGUGAGAGAUAUUGCUACCUUGUACGACUCGAAGCCGGAGGCCGUCGUCGCCGGCGUGCCGCGCAAUCAAAAGGCCUGCUACGACGCCAAGGACCAGCGGCCGGGCAUGUUCUUUUGUGAUAACAACGAUCUGGGAACGUUCGCCGACGCGUCCGCGCUGAAGACGUUCAACGCCGGAGUAGUUCUUAUCGAUCUUAAACAGUGGCGCGCCUUGAAACUCGGCGACAAAUUCAUCGAAAUGACGCGCGCCCAUGCGAGGAAGAAGCUCUGGCGCCUCGGGUCGAACCCGCCGCUCGUAUUAUUGGCGCACGGCCGCUUCGAGGCGCUUGAUCAGAGAUGGAACUGCGACGGCCUCGGCUGGAAGAAGCCCACGGAUUUGGAGGAGACGUGUCUGAGGGACGGCGCCUUCGUCUGGCACUGGUCGGGGCCGAGGAAGCCGUGGCUCGCGGACGGCCUCUACCCGCAGCUCUGGUGGCCGCACGUGCGCGACGCGCGGUGUUUACUGGGGCUGCCGGGCGUGCCGCUAAAUGUGACUCGUUAGU